CCCUCCCACUCGUUCCCUGGGGGUGGCUGGCCCGCCCAGCUCCCCUGCUCCACACCCAGGUUUCUCAGCCCAGAUGCUAACUGACACGCCCUGAUGACCAAUCUAGGGGUCGCGGCUUCUUCCCUACCCGACUGAUGCCUGGGGUCCCAGGCUCUCUGUGGCUGAAAGGCGCGGCAGUGUCAGGCUCUCUCCUGUAGGUGGCAGUAUGGGGCGGGGAGCGAGACAGGAAACAGGAAGACUGGCGAAGGUCACCAGCGCCCAUUACGGUGCCCCGGAUCCAGGCUCGCUUACACCUAGGACCGGUCCUGUUCCACUGGGUUCCUUACCCUCGCUCCCUCUUUUGAUGUCCUGCCUGAUUCCUCCCUCCUAGGUCCCCUGCACCCCACCACCUUUAGGAGGCACCACCAGCCUAGCUCCCCAGAUGCCCCCACCCCGCGCCCCAAAUUCCUGGGGUUAGGAAAUCAGAACACUUUGGCACUGAACUCAUCCCAUUUCUUCCUCCCUCCCUGAUGCACGGACUCCCUCUCUGUUUCGACACAGACACUCAGACUCACAAUUACAGUUCAUUACCCUAUCAGGUGGUUGGAUCUGAGUCACUGUGGGGAGGGACCCUGAACUGCCCAGCCCUGCCACCUUCUCGCAGCUACACUAUAAGGAGUAGUGGCGUGGAGGAGGACUUUGGGAAGACAAGGGCAUCUGGGGAGGGAGAGAGCAGGCUGCAGACCCAGAGGGAGGGCGAACAAGAAGCCAGAAGGAAAGAGAGAAGGGAGGAGGGCCGGCAGACGCUGGGGAAGCGACAGGGCUCGAAAGGGAACCUGGGUGGAAAGAAGAAACUCAGGAGACAGGAAGUGCGGCAGAGAUGAAGCUAAAGGGGUCUCUGGCCUGCCUCCUGCUGCUCCUGCUCCUGGGCAGUGGGGAGGCUAGCCCGCUGCAGGGUGGAGAGGAGGAUGCCGGAGGAGACAUUGGGGAAGCCAUUGGACAUGGGGUGGGGGAGGCCCUUGGACACGUGGUGGGAGAAGCCGUCAUCCACGGAGUCGAGGAGGCCAUUGACCGAGGGACUGGAGAGAAAGCAGGCUUGGGAAUCAGGGAGGCCAGGGACCCCCACUUGGGGGAUGCUCUUGCCCACAAGCUUAAGGAAGCGAGCCACGCUCUUGAAAACACUGGGAGCGAGGCUGGCAGACAGGCUGAGAAUAUCAUCGGACACGGAGUGGACCCUGCCCACAGCUCCUGGCAGGGGACGCCCGGCAGCAACGGAGCUUGGGGUACCCAUGGGCAGCCUCCAUCCGGAGGCCAUGGCACCCCUGGCUCUCAUGGCGGCCCUGGAGGCCCCGGGGACACCCCGGACCAUGUGUUCUCUGGAGGCUCAGGUGGCCGCUUUGGAGCCACUGCUCAGGGAGGCUCCUGGGGCCAGGGAGGCCACAGAGGGCCAUCCAACCUGGGGGCCAACCCUCAGGGAGCUGCAACCCAACCUGGCUCAGUGAGAGGCAGCAGCAACAGAAAUACAGAAUGCACCAACCCCCCUGGCUCAGGUGGAAGCUCUAGCAACUCUGAGGGAAGCAGCAGCAGUGGCGGCAGUAGUGGCAGCAGCAGUGGCGGCAGCAGCAGUCACGGUGGAGGCAGCGGUGGAGGCAGCAGUGGCGGCAGCAGUGGCAGCUCUGGGUCCAGCUGGGGAUACAAUCCCAACUCCUCGGGGAGCAGGGUUGGAAGCGGUGGCGGAAACAAACCCGAGUGUGACAACCCACACGUGUCUGGGGGAUCUGGGGGUCAGAAUUUUAAAUCCAAGCUGGGCUUCAUUAACUGGGAUGCCCUAAACAAGGGCCAGGCCCCACCCCCCAGCACUCGUGCCCUCCUCUACUUCAGGCGGCUCUGGGAGGAUUUCAAACACAACACUCCUUUCUUGAACUGGAAAGUCAUUACUGAGGGCGAGGACGUGCCAUCGCUUCAGAAGAGGGCAGGUGUGGCUGGCCAGCCUGGCACAGGAUGGCAAGAUGCAGUAGCUGUGACUGCUAAGAACUACAAUUACAACCAGCAGGGACCCCCUACAGCCCUUGGCGGGCAGUACCCAGCCAAGACCCCUGCUAAGGGGGGAGUCACGGUUUCUUCCUCGGCUUCCCGGAUGCACCCUGGCCUGCUGCAAUGGGUGAAGUUUUGGUAGAUCUGGGAGUGGCUGGUGUUCUACCAUCUUCUCUUUCUUCUGGACAACCACUUCCGACCGUGACUGAGGCCCUGAGAAACAUGAGUCGUCAAGGGACCGGACUGUGCCCCUGCCCCAGCCCUUGGUCUGCGUGCCGACACCUGCCUUUUCUAGCUUGAGGUCCUGCCUGCCUGCCCCUUGUCUGCUCCCGCACAUGGUGGUGAUGUCUCCUUGACCUCCAGUCUCGGGGGUACCCCAGCCGUUUCUGCACUGGCUCCAUUCUGUGACCUGAAGUCACCGUGACAAAAAUUCAGGAGGAGCGUCCUACUUUAGAGUUUCUCUGUGGAAAUAAAACAUGAAUCUUGUAUCCCUAA